AAGGAAGGAAGGGCAGGGAAAUCCCGGAGCUGGAGCCAGCCACAGCGGUCAAGGAAUGAGGAGAGAGCCAGCGCAACUUAGGGCUCGAAGAGUCGGUGGCGUCUGGGAGCGGUGGACGGAAGAAGGGUCUGUGUGGGGCCCAGGAGGACCCAGAAAAUCUGCGAGAACAAUGGACGUCCAUGCGCAGGGUCCGGGGUGGGAGACAGUGCCUGGCGUCGGUGGUGCGUGGUGCAGGUGGGGCGGACAAGCCGGCUGGCAGCGCAGGCCACGGCUUGGGCGCGAGCGCUGGACCCCGCCGGCCGGCGCGCGUGUGGUCAGCCCCGCGGUCCUCCCGCGGUCCCGCGCGGCCCGGCGGGGUCGGCCUCCAGCUCAUUCAGAGGCGGUUCUCGCCUCCCAUUGGCUGCUGCCUCUGCGGUGGGGCGGGGCUCCGCUGCCCGGAAAAAAAUGUAACUGCGUAAAAAAGUCCUCGCCUGGGUGUCGGAUGCUCAAAAGUUCAGAAGUUUUCCAAUGCUUCCUUAAGCGGCCCGCGCGCGAGAGACUGAAAAAAAAAAAGGUGACGCGGGGCCCGGGAAGGCGGCCGGCGCGCGGCCCCCCGCCCUGGUGAUUUGGCCGCCUUCGCCCGCGGCUCGAGGCAGUCUCCUGGAAGGCGUAGGCAGUGUGGCGAGAAGAGCGCCUUCUUGUUUUUUAGUUCUGGCUUUUUUUUUUUUUUUUUUUUCCCUUUCUCGCCUGGAAGUGGCUCCGCGAAUUUCUUCAAGGCCGUCUGUCGCGUCCUGGCCCGGCCCUCUUCCGUAGCACCGAUCCCCCUUCGCGGCCAGCGCGGGCCCUAAAGUGGCCGGAGGCGCCCCGCGAGCCAGAGCAAGCGCAGGGAGAGGCCGCGCGCAGCUGGCGGCUCCGGGAGGCGGCCGGACAGCAGCUCCGCGAGGCCCGGACUCGGACUAGGCGGCCGGCGCGGCGCGGCCGACCCGAGCCGAGCGAGGGUGGGGGGCGGCGGGCGACGCGGGGCGGCGGCGGCGGCGGCGGCGGCGGCGAGAGGGGGCCAUGCAGGCGCGCUACUCCGUGUCCAGCCCCAACUCCCUGGGAGUGGUGCCCUACCUCGGCGGCGAGCAGAGCUACUACCGCGCGGCGGCGGCGGCGGCCGGGGGCGGCUACACCGCCAUGCCGGCCCCCAUGAGCGUGUACUCCCACCCCGCGCACGCGGAGCAGUACCCCGGCGGCAUGGCCCGCGCCUACGGGCCCUACACGCCGCAGCCGCAGCCCAAGGACAUGGUGAAGCCGCCCUACAGCUACAUCGCUCUCAUUACCAUGGCCAUCCAGAACGCCCCGGACAAGAAGAUCACCCUCAAUGGCAUCUACCAGUUCAUCAUGGACCGCUUCCCCUUCUACCGGGACAAUAAACAGGGCUGGCAGAACAGCAUCCGCCACAACCUCUCGCUCAACGAGUGCUUCGUCAAGGUGCCCCGCGACGACAAGAAACCGGGCAAGGGCAGCUACUGGACGCUGGACCCGGACUCGUACAACAUGUUCGAGAACGGCAGCUUCCUGCGGCGGCGGCGGCGCUUCAAGAAGAAGGACGCCGUGAAGGACAAGGAGGAGAAGGACCGGCUGCACCUCAAGGAGCCGCCGCCGCCGCCGCCCGGCCGCCAGCCUCCGCCCGCGCCCCCGGAGCAGACCGACGGCGCCGCGCCCGGACCGCAGCCGCCGCCCGUGCGUAUCCAGGACAUCAAAACCGAGAACGGUACGUGCCCCUCGCCGCCCCAGCCCCUGUCCCCGGCCGCCGCCCUGGGCAGCGGCAGUGCCGCCGCGGUGCCCAAAAUCGAAAGCCCCGACAGCAGCAGCAGCAGCCUGUCGAGCGGGAGCAGUCCCCCGGGCAGCCUGUCGUCCGCGCGGCCACUGAGCCUGGACGGCGCCGAGUCCGCCCCACCGCCACCGCCCGCGCAGCCGGCGCCGCAGCCGCACCACAGCCAGGGCUUCAGCGUGGACAACAUCAUGACGUCUCUGCGGGGGUCGCCUCAGGGCGCCGCGGCGGAGCUCAGCUCCGGCCUCCUGGCCUCGGCGGCCGGGUCCUCCCGCACCGGCCUCGCACCCUCGCUGGCGCUCGGCGCCUACUCUCCUGGCCAGAGCUCCCUCUACAGCUCCCCCUGCAGCCAGAGCUCCAGCGCCGGCAGCUCCGGAGGGGGCGGUGGCGGCGGCAGCGGGGGCGGCAGCGCAGGGAGCACCGGGACCUACCACUGCAACCUGCAGGCCAUGAGCUUAUACGCGGCCGGGGAACGCGGCGGCCACUUGCAGGGCGCUCCCGGGGGUGCUGGCAGCUCAGCCGUGGACGACCCCCUACCGGACUACUCUCUGCCCCCGGUCACCAGCAGCAGCUCCUCCUCCCUGAGUCACGGCAGCGGCCAGGAGGCCGGCCACCACCCUGCAGCCCACCAAGGUCGCCUCACCUCGUGGUACCUGAACCAAGCGGGCGGUGACCUGGGCCAUCUGGCCAGUGCUGCGGCGGCUGCGGCGGCGGCGGGCUACCCCGGCCAGCAGCAGAACUUCCACUCUGUGCGGGAGAUGUUCGAGUCACAGAGGAUCGGCUUGAACAACUCUCCGGUGAACGGGAAUAGUAGUUGUCAGAUGGCCUUCCCUUCCAGCCAGUCUCUCUACCGCACGUCCGGGGCUUUCGUCUAUGACUGUAGCAAGUUUUGACACCCCUUCCACCUCAAAGCCGAACUGAAUCGAACCCCAGAGCAGGAACAGCCCAAAAAACCAUCAAUGCAAAAUCGAAACCGAAAAAUAAUCCAGUUUUUUAAAUCUUGAAAAACAUUCACCAAACCAGCGAACAGCGAACAGAAUCCCUCCAAAAGUUCAACUCACCAGCACACACACAAAAAAAACACUAUUUUUUUAAAGAUUAAUUCAGAGCCACCUCCACUUUGCCUUAUCUAAAUAAACAAAACCGUAAACCAUUUUACAAAGACAGCAAAAUCAUGGUUUAUUAAAGGACAGUGUUACCGCAGAUAACACGUAAGUUUCUUCUUGCUUUUCAGAGAGCACGCUUUCCUUUUCCUUCUCUCCCGUUCCCUUACCCUUUUCCUUCCUUCACCUCUCACCUGUAAAAUACUAUUUUAUCCUAUGUUGAAAGGAGGGGGAAGUCCCCGUGUGUGGAAAUCGCUUUCUUUUUAUUCAUGGACUUGUUUUAAAAUGUAAAUUUCAACAUAGUAAUUUAUUUUUAAUUUGUAGUUGGAUGUCGUGGACCAAACGCCAGAAAGUGUUUCCAAAAUCUGACGUUAAAUUACCUGAAACUUACAUUGUGCCUUUUUUUCAUUAUAAAAAGGGAAACUGUAUUAAUCUUAUUCUAUCAUCUUUUUUCUUUUUGUUGAACAUAUUCAUUGUUUGUUUAUUAAUAAAUUACCAUUCAGUUUGAAUGAUGCCUUUAUGUCUGGAUACUUUAAUGCA